AUGCCCUCGUCUUCUUUGUUUCAAGAGUUGGGCAGCAAACUGGAAGAGGCAUGCUCCUUGAUGAAUAGUCCUGACAAUCAAAAGAGAAAGGAAUCGGAGGCUUUUAUUCAACAUUGCCAAAAUCAACCUCAACCCUACGAUUUUUGUAGGCACGUACUAGAAGGGCAACAAUAUUCGGAAGUAACAAAAUUCUUUGCCUCUAACAUUAUGAAAAAGGCUAUCAUUCAGGAGUGGAGUAUUUUGGAUCUUAAUGUAAAACUUCAUCUCAGUCAAUACAUUUUUGAAUAUAUUACAUCGGUAGUGUUGGGCGGAAGAGUACCAUGCAGCACAACUCCUGGUGUUGGUUCCAUAAAACCACCAUCAAUUUUACAACAAAUAGUAAAUCAAUUGUUGCAAAGCUAUGCAAUUAUACAGAAACGUUCUUGGAUUGAUGAAGAAGGAGGUGGAAGCCAAUUUCGAGAAAUGACAUAUAAACACAUUCAACAAUUGCUGAAUCUGGACAAUCAAAUGGUUCAACAAAAAUCCCAAAACUUGGCUCUACAACUCUUAUUGAGUUUGAUUACCGAGUUUUCUCUUGGUGGAUCAUCAUCGGAAAUUGGAAUGAAUUGGGAAUUUCAUGAAAAAUCUCGAAUUUUAUUUCAACAAGAUUUUCUUCCAAAUUGUUUUGGGUUGGGUAUUGAUAUUUUGAAAAGAUCGCUUUCGAUUCGAGAUGAAUCACUGUUUUUUGGAAGGGUCACAAAUGAAGAUGUUUCAGAAUUGUUGAAAAUGUCAGUGAACGCUCUUGAUUUGAUUAGAGAGGUACUUUGUUGGGAUUUUUCUCCUUUCAAUGAAGUUAGCUCUCUCAAAUCCAUCAUUUCCACAAAAAUGUAUAAAAACAAAUAUGCUAGUAGUGGUGGAGGUGCCGGCUCUGCUUCCAUAGAACAAGGAAAAAUUAAUCCAAACUCCAAAGAAUGGAAAGAGAGAUUUACAAAUACUGAAAUUUUGAACAUGUUCAUUCAACUUCACCAAAAAUUUAGACAAGGGCUCAUGUCUGGUGCCACUUCAUCCAAUGCAUUGGAGGCAGAACUUUUCAUAAGGAUUACUCAUCAAGUGAGACUCUGCCUCACUCAGUGGUGCAACAUUUCCAACGAAUGUUUUGAAAAUGAUAAGAUGGCCAAACUUAAUUUCUUUGUGGGCUUAUUGUCGAGUAUUUUUGCCCUUAUGGGAAACGCCUUGCAAACCUAUACGUCUCUCGAAUUUUCUCUAAUUUGCGGUCAAGAAAUUUAUGACUGUACACAAUGCAUUUACAGACUUUUUAUUAAUUUUGGAUUUUUACCUUUCAUUGAAAUUUAUCAAUCCCAGACCAAUCAAGCUCAGUUCUUUGAAAUUAUGCAACAUUUAACCCAAGCUACAAUUCGUACUAUGGAAAUUUCAUCCAAAUUUAACGAUCAAUUCAUUGUUGACGGAUUAACAACUCUUCUAGGAUGUUGGAGCAUCAUUUGCGAGAGUAUUGCCACUUCUAGACUCUCAGUGACAGGCAGUUAUCUUGACGCAAAAGGUGCUGAUUUUGUUAGACAGUGCUGUUUUGAAAUUUUUAAGAGUUAUGUGAAUUUGAAAGUGCCAGACCAAAGGCCCGUUUCCAACAAUGAGGAUGAUGAGGACGAAGAAGAUGAUAAUGACGAGCUAUUUGUGGACGAACAAUUGAAUGCAAUGGGUAUUAUGGGACGACAGUUUGCAGAGCCAUCGCUACAGCUGUUGAAUCACAAAUUUUCAACUCGCUUCUCGCAACUUCAAUCAUUAUUUGGACAAAGUUUUCAGACCAGCCGAGCACUUGAUAAUUUAUGGGAAGAUUUUGAAUGGAUCAUUGAAAUUGCAGGUUAUGUUGUUGCUGAUGAUGCUGAAGGUGAAACUCCAACUCUUCCACCAGAAAUUGUCGAUCUUACCAACGAUGACACUGAAGACAAUAUUUUCUUUACAUUUGUGAAUGGAAUUUUAAAGUUUUCACAAUUUGAAUUGCUAUGCCUAUCGAAAAGCCCACAAAUGCUUAGCCCAAGAAUUUCUAAAACUUUAAUGUGGUUCUUUUGGAGAUGGGGGCAAUCAUAUCUCAUGCCUGAAGUCUCCCAUUACACUGAAAGUAUAAGUAGGUCUAUCCUUGCAAUGUACGGUGAAAAAUCAGAGAAUGGUGUCAAAGUUGUCGACUAUCUAUUACAAAAGAUUUCUCAUAAUUUAGCACAUUGGUCAGCUGAGCACGAUACUUGCCAAGAAACUAUCAAACUCUUCAUUGUCAUGUCAAAAAAGAAGUCCAUUCAACGAUGUGUUGUUAAAACAAAUACCUUUGCAGAAAUUGUCAAGAAUGAUUUCAAUACGUUUAACACUCUCCAUAAGGCACCAAAUUGGGUUAAAGGAAAACUCACUCAAUGCAUUAUUUCAUGUUGCCCUUCAUUCAUUAAGGUCAAUGAGGAGGGCCAGAAAAAUUUUGAUGAACUCCAUCACGUGCUGAAUCUUGUGCUGGUUCCAUUGAGAGAUCAAUUCAACUCGAUUCUUGCAAAGAGUGACUUUCAUGAAACCUAUCAGCAAGCACAAGUGAUGGAACAAUUAGAUUACUGCUUUGAAAAAUUUCUGGGUAUUGCAAAAGGUUCUACAAAUCCAGACAUUGCUUCUACUAUGGUUCAAUUCUUUAAUUCGGAACAGAUUUUAGUGAAUUUAGUGAAACUCAUGCAUCAAUAUUAUCUUCAUGAACAAUUUGUUACUCUCAUCAUUCGUGUUUUUAAGAGCUGUAUUAAGGCGUUCGUGAACUCAAUUACAAAAGACCAAUGUAAAUCUCUAUUUAGCAUUGCACUUUCCAUGAUUCAAACCUUUACACAGAUACAUUCAAAAAAGAAUGGUGACAGUUCACAAGCAGGAGGAUCUAAACAUCGAAGACCUAAUGCCCUUGAUGAUCUAUCUGAAGAGGAACGAUACAAGGAUUUAUUACUAAUUUUAAAAAUGCUCACCUGUAUGAUAUCAAGAGAUUUUUUGGAUUUUUCUGAGGAUGGAAGUAGUGCUGUAUUUUCUGCAGAGGUUCGAGUGAAAACCGACACUCACACAACAGAUGCACUUGUAAAUUAUGUUUUUCAAGGAAUUCAUUUGAUGCUUCCGUUGAUAACGAUAGAUCUUUUAGAUUUUGCUCCUCUGAGAAAACAAUACUUUAGGUUGAUCUCAUUCAUGAUGGAAAUGUAUCCAGAGAAGGUGACCAUUUUACCGCAACCAUUAUUUAACCAUUUCAUAAGCGCUUUAGUUUUUGGAUUGGGACAUUUCGAGUUGGACAUUGCACAAGAAAGUUUUGAUGCCAUACAUGCUCUCUCAUCAUUUAGAUCUCAAUAUCCAAAUUCGUUUGAUUUACAGGAUCAGUCAUUUGUUGGAAUGCUCAUCAAGGAAUGUGUUAACAUGCUUUUAUAUGAAACUUUUGAUAUUGAACUGUUGCACAAUAUUAGCGACACCUUAUUUGGAUUGAUAUUGUGGGAUCAAAACAGUUACAGGAUGGUAGUGGAAAGCAUUCUCCAAAACGAGCCCUCUCAUGCACAAGAUAUUGCGAAAGGCUUUCAAUAUUUGGACAAUGGAAUUACAGAAAUGACCUUGCAACGAAGAAACAUGGUCAAAUUUUAUGAAAAUCUGGAAAAGGUCAUUCCGAAAAUUCGAUGUUUUACAAGAAGAAAGUAA